UUCUGAUUCAUCCUAACAAAUCCCGACAGCUCAUUUUCACCUAAUGCUGGGACGGAUCCAGCUUUUCUAUAUACAAUAAAGAUAAACCCUGCAGGACACAGAAAAACAUGCAUGCUCCAAUCAAAUUACUCAACAGCUAGCUGAGUAAUAAUUCUCAAUUUCUCAUGGCCAAGAAAACCACUUUGUCCCCGGAUUUCUCCGGGACAACAAUGGAUAUCAGGUGCAGUUUUCAAUCCCUUAUAGCGCUUAUCGUGGCGGCCUUGGUGGUCGGAGCAGUUUAUCUGAGGACGGAGUGUGGCUACUUAGUUCAAGAAGAUGACCAGAAACUUGGGAUGAACGGUAAGAGCUCAUCGGAGGAGAAAUGUGAUUUGUUCUCGGGGAAAUGGGUUUUUGACAACAAGUCUUACCCUUUGUACAAAGAGGAAGAGUGCACGUUCAUGUCGGAUCAAUUGGCUUGUGGCAAGUUUGGAAGGAAUGACUUGGAUUAUCAGCAUUGGAAGUGGCAGCCUCACCACUGUGACCUCCCAAGGUUCAAUGCCACAGCAUUAUUAGAGAGAUUGAGGAAUAAAAGGCUAGUGUUUGUUGGAGAUUCUCUAAAUAGAGGGCAAUGGGUAUCUAUGGUGUGUCUGCUUGACAAGGCUAUCCCGCCAGGCCGCAAACACAUGCACAACAACGGCAGCGCCUUGAUCACCUUCAAGGCUAAAGACUACAAUGCAAGAAUAGAGUUUUACUGGGCUCCGUUGCUGGUAGAGUCCAAUUCUGAUGAUCCGGUGAGCCAUCGCUUGCCAGACCGCAUAGUGCGAGCUCAAGCUAUAGAAAAGCACGCCCGCCAUUGGACGGAUGCUGAUAUUCUAGUCUUCAAUACUUAUCUAUGGUGGCGAAGGCCUCAAAUGAAAGUUCUGUGGGGUUCAUUCAAUAGUUCAGAUGGAAUAUACAAGAAAGUAGACAUGCUUCGUAGCUACGAAAUGGCUCUAAAGACAUGGUCCGACUGGUUGGAAAUCCAUGUCAACCGCAGCAAGACGCAACUGUUUUUCAUGAGCAUGUCCCCCACUCAUGAGAGGGCAGAAGAAUGGGGAAAAUCCAUAGGAGGAAACUGCUACAACGAAACCAAAAUGAUAGUGGAAGAGGGAUACAGGGGAAGAGGAACGGAUCCAAAUAUGAUGCGAAUAGUUGAAGCCACAAUCGACCAACUUCAAAAGAGAGCACUCAACGUGCAAAUAAUCAACAUAACUCAACUUUCAGACUACAGAAAAGAAGGCCAUCCCUCCAUUUACAGAAAACAAUGGGAACCUUUGACUCAACAACAAAUUUCUGACCCCCUCAGCUAUGCAGAUUGCAUACAUUGGUGUCUUCCCGGAGUUCCUGAUGUCUGGAACGAGCUCUUGUAUGCUUACAUUUGUAAUGAUGCAUCAAACUGAUUUCAUUUUCACAAGAUUUUACCAAGGUAAAGCCUCUCUUUAUAAU